AACAGUGGAGGGUAGCAGGGUCUAUCUAGCACACUGCCUGGUACACUGUAGGAACUAAAUGUCAUCGUAGGAGCCCAACAGUAUUGGUGUCGCUGCUGCGUGUUUGAGAGGGGCGGGACUCCCUCCCUCAGACACCGCUGAAAUGUGUGGCUUUCUCUGAACCCACGCUCUGAUAAGUUUUCCAGCUCUGUUGAAUAGAGCUUGUUGGGUGUUUUGCUAGGGAAGGACAGGUCAGAAGUCACCUUGACUCACCCCCCUCAAUUCCAGACAGGAAAUCCAAGCCUGGGAAAGGAGGUGACCUCCCCAAGGUCUCAUGGUGGGUGGAGCUGGUGUCCAAGACCUCUGGAGGAGGAAUGGGGAAGGCCGGUCCAUGAGGGGUGUGUCGAGGAAGGCCGGUCCGUGAGGGGAGGCAGGGGUGCUGAGGUUCAGUUUCCAGCCUUUUAAGUUCCCGGAGGAGGAGUUUCCUCUUUCCUCUCAAGGGCAUUUGGCUUCCCAGGCGUGAAUGGCUCAGGGAGCAAGUGUCUGAGUCCCUGUGUCCUGCGAGGGUCGCUUGCCACCUUCACAGCUGGGCUGAGCUGGAGAGAACCUGUGCAAAAGCGAGGGGAAGGAGGGGAAGAGGGACGGGCUUGCAGAUUUCAUGCAAGUGGGCGCCCGCUCCCCUCAGGCAGGGGACUGCCCAUUUCCAGGAGGCGAUAGACGCUCUGGGAGUGCCCAGGAGUGGAGGGAUACAACCCAGGCGCUUCAGAGAAAGCACGUGGUGGGUGCAGCAGGGGGAGGCGUGGGUGCCUGCUUACUCCCCAGCUUGGCCCAAAUCCCGAGUUGCAGAGAGAAAGUGAAAGAGAAAAGGGUGGCUGCAGGGGGUGAGGUGGGGUGGCUGGGUAACCGAUCUGCCCCAGUCUGGCCGCAGCUCCAGAGCUGGCAGGAGGGCGAGGCCGAUGGCAGCCCGUGGGAGUCCGGGGAGCAGCGGUCCGGAAAUGUGAUACAAUCCCUGGCCUCGCUCUGAUCAUCUCGCGUGAGGGGUGCAGCGUUCCGGGACUGCUUUAACAAGGCAGUGGGCAGUGUGCCGCCAUGGAGUUGGGGCCUCUAGAAGGCGGCUACCUGGAGCUUCUCAACAGCAAUGCUGACCCCCUGCAGCUCUACCACCUCUAUGACCAGAUGGACCCGGCUAGAGAAGAGAUUGAGCUCUGCUCAGAACCCGACAUGGACACCAUCAACUGCGAGCAGUUCAGCAGACUGUUGUGUGACAUGGAAGGUGAUGAAGAGACCAGGGAGGCUUAUGCCAAUAUCGCGGAACUGGACCAGUACGUGUUCCAGGACUCACAACUGGAGGGUCUGAGCAAAGGCAUUUUCAUCGAGCAUAUAGGAUUGGAAGAAAUGAUCGGCGAGAGUGUGGAGACGCUGGAGGAAAAGAAAAGUCAGAAAAGAUCCUUCCCAGAGGAGCUGCCCCUGGACUCGAAGCACAGGAAGCUGGCUGAGCCCCUCGCUGUGCCCAUGGUGACUGGCACUUUCCUGGUGGGGUCCGUGAGUGACUCCUCAGCUCUGCCCUGCCUGUCACCCCCUGCUGUGUUCAACAAGGAGCCAGCAUCCAGCCAGAGGUGGCUGGAGGAGACCAUCCUGAUGCCUGUGCCCCCUUCCAGUUCCUUGCUGAGCUGCCUGAGCCUUUCUGCUGGACACAUCCAGAUCGUCCCCACUCUGCCCCAGGGGCUCUGGCAAAUCUCAGGGGCUGGGACAGGGGUAUCUGGUAUGGUCAUCUAUCAAGGUGAGGUGCCCCAGGCCAGCCAGGUGCUUCCUUCCAGCAGCCCCGCCAUACACAGCCUCCCCAAAUCCCCAGAACGGCCCGGCUCCACCAGCCCCUUUGCCCCGUCUGCCGCUGACCUCCCCGGAAUGCCGGAACCAGCUCUGACCUCCCGUGCAGAUGUGACAGAGGAGCAGAUGUCCCCUACCCGAUCCCCGGCAGCUCACGGGGUCUCCGGCCAGCUCCCAAAAUGGCCUGAGCGGGUGGAGAAGUUCUGCAGCGCCCUUCGGGACAUGUACCAGGCUGAGCCCGCAGGCCCGGAAGGCAUCCUGGUGGAGGUGGACCUGGUGAGGGCGCGGCUGGAAAGGAGCAGCAGCAAAAGCCAGGAGAGGGAGCUGGCCACCCCGGACUGGGCAGAGCGGCAGCCGGCCCGCGGGGGCCUGGCCGAGGUGCUGCUGGCGGGGGGUGACCGCCGGCGGCCGCGGGAGACGCAGGUGAUCGCUGUGCUGGGUAAAGCGGGGCAGGGGAAGAGUCGCUGGGCCCGGGAAGCGAGCCGGGCCUGGGCCCGCGGCCAGCUGCCCCAGUACGACUUCGUCUUCUACCUCCCCUGCCACUGUUUGGACCGUGGGGGGGACACCUACCGCCUGCAGGAUCUGCUGUUCUCCCUGGGCCCCCGGCCGCUGCCGGUGGACGAUGAGGUCUUCAGCUACGUCUGGAGGAGGCCCGACCGGGUUCUGCUCAUCCUGGAUGCCUCCGAGGGCCUCGAAGGCCAAGACGGCCUCCUGCACAGCGCCUGUGGACCCGUGUGCACAGAGCCCCACUCCGUCCGGGGACUGCUGGCGGGCCUCUUCCAGCGUAAGCUGCUGCGGGGCUGUACCCUGCUGCUCACGGCCCGGCCCCGGGGCCGCCUGGCCCAGAGCCUGAGCAAGGCCGACGCUCUGUUCGAGGUGGCCGGCUUCUCAGCCGAGCAGGCCAAGACCUACCUGACGCGCUACCUGGAGUGCGCAGGGGCGACCGAGCGCCAAGAGAGAGCCCUGGAACUCCUCCAGGGCCAGCCUUUCCUCCUCAGCCACUGCCACAGCCCCACUUUGUGCCGGGCCGUGGGCCAGCUGUCCGAGGCCCUCCUGGAGCUGGGGGGCGAGACGGAGCUGCCCUCCACGCUCACGGGACUCUACGUGGGCCUGCUCGGCCCUGCCGCCCGCGACAGCCCCCCGGGGGCCCUGGCGGGACUGGCCAGGCUGGCCUGGGAGCUGGGCCGCAGACGCCGGGGCACCUUGCUGGAGAGCCAGUUCCCGUCGGCGGAGGCGAGGGCCUGGGCCGUGGCCAAGGGCUUGGUGCAGCCCGCCCCAGGGGCCGCGGCGGUGGGGCUGGCCUUCUGCAGCUUCCUUCUGCAGUGCUUCCUGGGGGCCGUGUGGCUGGCCCUGAGCAGCGACAUCAAGGACAAGGAGCUGCCACAGUACUUGGCGUUGACCCCGAGGAAGAAGAGGCCCUACGACAACUGGCUGGAGGGCGUGCCGCGGUUCCUGGCGGGGCUGGUUUUCCAGCCGCACGCCGACUGCCUCGGGGCCCUGGCGGGGCCUGCUGCGGCCACCCUGAAGGACAGGAAGCAGAAAGUGCUCACCAGGUACCUGAAGCGGCUGCAGCCGGGGACGCUGCGGGCCGGACAGCUGCUGGAGCUGCUGCACUGCACCCGUGAGACUUUGGACGCUGGGCUCUGGCAGCACGUGGUGCAGGGGCUCCCCGCCCGCCUCUCCUUCGUGGGCACCCGGCUCACGCCUCCCCACACCUAUGUCCUGGGCAGCGCCUUGGAGGCGGCGGGCCGAGACUUCUCCCUGGACCUCUGCAGCACUGGCAUUGACCCCCCUGGACUGGGGAGCCUCGUGGGACUCAGCUGCGUCACCCAUUUCAGGGCUGCGCUGAGUGACAUGGUGGGGCUGUGGGAGUCUCUACAGCAGCGUGGGGAGGCCAAGCUGCUCCGGGCGGUGGAGGAGAAGUUCACCAUCGAGCCUUUCAAGGCCAAGUCCGUGAAGGAUGUGGAAGAUCUGGGCAACCUCGUGCAGAUCCAGAGGACAAGAAGUUCUUCAGAAGAUACGGCUGGAGAACUCCCUGCGGUCCGGGAUCUAAAGAAGCUAGAGUUCGCGCUGGGCCCCAUCUCAGGCCCCCAGGCUUUUCCCAAGCUGGUGAGGAUCCUCGAGGCCUUUUCCUCCCUGCAGCAUCUGGACCUGGACUCUCUGAGCGAGAACAAGAUUGGCGACGAGGGUGUCGAGCAGCUGUCGGCCACCUUCCCGCGGCUCAAGGCCCUGGAGACCCUCAACUUGUCCCAGAACAACAUCACCGACGUGGGCGCCUGCAAGCUCGCCGAGGCCCUGCCCUCGCUGGCUGCGUCCCUCCUCAGGCUCAGCUUAUAUAAUAACUGCAUCUGUGACAUGGGAGCCGAGAGCCUGGCGCAUGUGCUUCCAGACAUGGGGUCCCUCCGGGUGCUGGAUGUCCAGUAUAACAAGUUCACAGCCGCCGGGGCCCAGCAGCUGGCCGCCAGCCUGAGAAAGUGCCCUCACGUGGAGACGCUGGCGAUGUGGACGCCCACCAUCCCGUUUGGCGUCCACGAGCACCUACAGCAGCUGGAUGCGCGGAUCAGCCUGAAGUGAUCUCCGCGAUGCCCGGGACAAGGUGACUGAGCAUGUUCUCUGAGGACGCCGACCACGCUGGACCUUGAACUGGUUGUUUGUGGACGCGGUGCUUCUUGGGCCAUCGCCCGUGAGCCUCAGCAUCCUGGCGCCCGGCCCUACCGGCUCAGGGCCACCCCCACCCAGCUCUGGGAAGGCCUUUGGCCUGCUCUGCGGACGGACCCAGGCCCGGCUCCAGGCUCCUGCGGGGCCCAGGUCGAUGCCGGCCCCGACGGACGGGUGCACGACCGGUGGUGACGCAGGCCACCCAGGGGCCCUGAGGCAUCCCACAGGACGCUCCUGGCAGCCGUGGCCGGGCCGGAGUGAGGGAUCGAGGUGGCCACAUCUCUGCCUCCCCAGGUCCCUGUCCGCCUGGGGAGAAGUCACUUCUCUGCACUGCUCUCCUAACAAGGAUGCCGGGUGCUCUCAGGACACGGGCGGCUGGCCCCACCUGCCGAUUUCCCUGUGACAGGCGGGGAGUCUGUGGCAGCUGCUGUCCGUCUCCAGGACUCACUGUUUUGCACUAACUUUGUCGAGGUCGAAGCUCCGCCCGGCCAGACACACUGGACUUGAGCCGGAAAGAGCUGACCGUGCCCUAACGGUGGGGGGAGGGGAGUGGGCCGGAACCACACCUGCCUCUCGGCCUUCACUUCUUGGGUCAUUUUUUCACUACAGUAUAAAGGGCCCGCAUGUCCACGGCUGGAGUUUCUACCACGAUCGCCGUUGUGGGGGAUGCCCGCUGUUCGGUUAUCUAAAUGCAUCACAAACUACCCCAAAAUGCAGUGGGUUAAAACAACACACACGUUUA